CGUCAUCUCAACACUGUAGCUUUCUUUUCUUCCUUAGAAAUUUGGCGAGACGGUAUUACAGUGGUGUGUAGUAGCAAGAAUGAAACCACUGUUUUUGUGUCUCCUUGUUGGAGCCUUCAUAGGAUGUGCAUUAAGCGCUGAAGGUGAUUCUAGUGCCAGACUUCUCAUCUCCAAAAAUAUUCUCAACCAAUUUGUUGUUGAAGGAAAGGAAUUGACAGUGCACUACAGCAUCUAUAAUGUUGGAAGUGGGCCUGCCACAUCAGUGUCCUUGUCAGAUAAUUCUUUCCCAGCGGAUGAGUUUAAGGUUCUCCAUGGAUUACUUUCAGUCAAGUGGAAAACUAUUGCUCCUGGUUCAAAUGUAUCCCACACUAUCAUCCUGGAACCAUUAAAGUCUGGUAUAUUUAACUUCACCGCAGCACAGGUCACCUACAAAGCUUCUGAAGAUGCCACAGAUUCUCAGAUUGCUUUUUCUACAAGCCCAGGAGAAGGAGGAAUUAUGCCUCAAAAUGAAUAUGAUCGUAAACAUUCUCCACAUUUAGUUGACUGGGGUCUUUUUAGCCUGAUGUCUUUACCCACCAUUCUAAUACCGUUUCUUGUCUGGUUUCGGAGCCACUCAAAGUAUGAAAACUUCAAGGCAAAGAAGAACUAAAGCCAAGUAGAAAUGUGAAAGGGUCAUGUUACAUCCAUACAUCCCUUAACAGGAAGUCUGUUUAAUAUUAAAUGAAUUUUAAUAAAAACGUUUUUACGCAGAA